AUGUCGUACCAGCAGCCUUACGGUCAGCAGCCUCCUCCCCAGGGAUACUACCCUCCCCCGGGCGGCCAAUAUCCUCCUCCCCAGCCGAUGCAGUACCAGCAGCCCCCACCCCAGGAGGAGAAGAAGGACCGUGGCUGUCUGACCGCCUGUUUGAUGGCCAUGUGCUGUUGCUUCCUCUGUGAGGAGACCUGCGAAUGCUGUAUUGAUCAGUUUGCGAUUCGUGCGAAAUCCUCUCUUGGCAACUAUCUUCAUCAUUGUCUCAACCGGUCGCAAUCAUCCCGACCAACCUCUGCUACCGAUGGCCGCACUAUGUAUUACAAGAGGGAUUCGUUCCAGGCUACGGGCCAUGGCGGCUGGGCAAAUGCGGGCGGGAUAUUGGGAAUGAAGCGGAUUCAGUGCGCGCGUCGCUCAAUCAUCGGUUACAGACUCUCGGCGAUGCGACUCGGCACGUUUUCAUCGUCGUCUCGCCACGCCUGUCUAUCCCAGUUGCAGCUAGUUGCAGCAACUGUCACAUUCGGCUCGCACCCAUAUCGUGGUAUCACCCAUGGUAUUCGGAAUUCACGACGUGGACGCGGCCAAGAGUAG